AGUAGUCCUACAACUAGCUCUAGUCCAAAAAGUUGGCUUAGAAAAAGAUGUUUUUGUCUAAGCAAAUUUCCAAUCAUUCUCCUCUUCUUCUUCUUGUGCUGCUGCUGACUCCUGGUUUGGCAGCAGCAGAAUUUGCUGCCACAGAACUCAGCCAUGAUGUGUUACAGCAGCAGGCGGGCGACCGGGUGGUUCAACUCCCUGGCCAGCCAUGGGUGCAUUUCAAGCAGUAUGCAGGAUACAUCACUGUGAAUGAAACUCAUGGAAGAGCACUGUUCUAUUGGUUUUUUGAAGCCACCAGAAAUCCUGAAAAGAAACCUCUUCUGUUAUGGCUUAAUGGAGGUCCUGGGUGUUCAUCAAUUGGAUAUGGUGAAUCAGAGGAGCUAGGUCCAUUUUUGAGCCAGAAAGGCAAACCAGAGCUCAAGUUGAACAAGAAUUCUUGGAAUCGAGUGGCAAAUUUGCUCUUUCUGGAAUCCCCUGUUGGAGUGGGAUUUUCUUACACAAACACUAGUAAUGAUAUCAAGGAGCUUGGUGAUACUAUCACAGCUCAAGAUUCCUACAUUUUUUUGGUUAACUGGUUUAAAAGAUUUCCACAAUUUAAAUCCCAUGACUUCUACAUCGCUGGGGAAAGUUAUGCAGGCCAUUACGUUCCCCAGCUGUCAGAGCUCAUCCACGAUAAUAACAAAAAGGUCUCCAAGAAAAGCUGUAUCAACUUUAAAGGUUUAAUGGUAGGGAAUGCACUGUUGGAUGAUGAAACGGAUCAAAGAGGAUUGAUUGAUUAUGCAUAUGAUCAUGCUGUAAUAUCUGAUCAACUGUACAAUGAGAUUAAGGGUAAAUGCAACUUUAGCAUAGAACAUCUGCCGAAAGACUGCAACGAUGCACUUGGUAAGUACUUUGAUGUCUACAAGAUCAUAGAUAUGUAUAGCUUAUAUGCUCCAACCUGCGUUAAAAGCAACUCCACUAGCACCAGAAAACUUCCUGUGGUCCGAGGAGCUGCUCCCAAGUUAUUUUCCCAGAUUGAUGGAUGGCACAGGAAACCAGCAGGUUAUGACCCUUGUGCAUCAGACUACACAGAGUUAUAUCUGAACAGGCCAGAUGUUCAAAAAUCUCUCCAUGCAAAUGUAACUAAAAUCCCCUAUAAAUGGACACACUGCAGUGAUAAUAUCACAUUCUGGAGUGAUGCCCCAGUUUCAAUACUUCCCAUCAUUAAGAAACUCAUUGAUGGUGGUCUACGAGUAUGGGUUUUUAGUGGAGAUACUGACGCAAGAAUUCCAGUAACAUCAACAAGGUAUACUCUGAAAAAGUUUGGUUUAAAAAUCACCCAAGAUUGGACUCCUUGGUAUACUUUCCAUAAGCAGGUUGGUGGAUGGACAGUGCAGUACGAUGGGUUGACGUUUGUCACAGUUAGAGGAGCUGGUCAUCAGGUUCCCACAUUCAAACCCAAGCAAGCCCUUCAGAUCGUCAGACAUUUCUUAGACAAUAAUAAACUGCCAUCCGCAGCAUUCUAGCAUAAUUAUUCAUAUUGUUUUCUUACAAUAUUCUUAUCUCUUACAUAUCAGAUCAAGGAAAAGAAAUGACAUACAUCAAGCUACAAUAAUACAACCA